AAUAAUCUUAGCUCGCCUUAACGCAUUAGCUAGAAAAAACUCAGUAACGAGUAGAGAAAUCCACAACAGAUUUUAACUGCACUGCGUUCGACAACGUCUACCUUGACGGUACGUUUGUGAACUGAAGCAGCGCAGAACAGGUGCUAAAGGAAAGUCUUCACGGGGAAGAGAACAAGAAUGCUGUUUCCGGGGAUCACAGCCAUAUAUAUAGGGAGGGGGUGGGCUCCUUGUCAUGAGCUGUGAUUGGUCCGUCUUUCGGACAGACGUGGUGUAAUUGGUGCUUCCAUAGUGCCUGGGGCGUUUCCCAUAGUGAGAUACUGAGCGAUUGUUUGAAAGAGAACAGACGGUUAUCGGGGGAAAAAAAGACAAACGAUAAACCUAUCAGCUUUUUGGCGAGGAGGAUGAGGAUCAGGAAGUUUCACCUGACACAGCUGACCCUGAGGCUGCUUGUCUCACAUGCAGGAUCUGAAGGAUGUGACCAAUAAUGUUCACUAUGAAAACUACUGGAGUAAGAAACUAGCAGCUGUCACCUGCAACGGGGUCGACGCCACCAAGAACAAGGACCAGCUCACAAAGAGUCCCCUGGCCCAGAUGGAGGAGGAGAGGAGGGAGCAUGUAAUGAAGAUGAAGAAGAUGGAGACAGAGAUGGAGCAGGUCUUUGAGAUGAAGGUCAAAGAAAAGAAGCAAAAACUGAAGGACUCUGAGGCAGAGUUGGAGCGGCAUCAUGAACAGAUGAAGAAGAAUCUAGAAGCUCAGUAUAAAGAGCUUGAGGAGAAGAGGCGCCAGUUUGAGGAGGAAAAAGCCAACUGGGAGACCCAGCAACACAUCCUGGAGCAGCAGAAACUUGAUGCAUCAAACGGCCAGGAAUCAUGUAAACAGGAUGUGUUUGGCCGCUGACAUUCCCCUCAUUGAGAGCGGCACGGCUGGCUAUCUGGGACAAGUCACAGUUAUCAAGAAGGGUCAAACGGAUUGCUACGAGUGUCAGCCUAAACCCACGCA